AUGCAGGCAAUCCCAAGAACCAGCCCCUCCAGCAUCCCAGUGCCCCCACCAACCCCUGGCGGCAAGACCACCCAGCACCAAGGAGGAGAGCCCCACACCCCUCAGAUCCCCAAAGACACCAGACAGGCAGACAGCGUCGGCACCGCCCAGACAACCCCUCCAACCCACAGGCUGCAGCCUCUCCACGCCACCCCCCAGCCCACCGCCCCAAUCCCCCCCCGGCCACGACAGCCAGCAGAGCAGCACACCUCCAAGCCCGCCCAACCCCUCCAGUCCCUGCAGCCCCAUCCCACCAGUCCACGAGAGGGAUACAUGCACCUGCCGGGUACCUGGGCCAUGCAGGCCAACCGCUCCAGGCCAAGCACAACCCACCAGCCGCCCCGGUGCAGUCACAAGACAUGCUCUGCCACCCCACCCACCCAACCGCAGCCCAGCGCCCGACCAUGGGCCAGAACCACAGAAGGAAGCAGUGGAAGAAGGCCACGGCAGCACCAGUUACCGGGCACCCCACCAACUCCACCCCCAAACCCCGGGGGUGCCCCAGCUCACCGGCCACCCGCACCCCUGCAUGGCGCACCACAGCCCACCAAGCAGUCCAGUGGGCCUGCCCCUCCACCAAAGCAGGGCCACAUCCCAAUCAAGUCCGGCACCCCCCCGGCCGGCAGACAUGGGCCCAAAGCCAGGGGCUGA